AGAGAGCUAUUUUAAGGAGCAUGUCAUGAAGUGGUUGCACACUUGGCUCAAGCUAGAAAACCUGUUGCAAACUUGACAAAUUGUCUACCGAGUAAUGAAUAUUUACAACACCGACACGUAUUUUCUACGGGAUGGCAGACAACUAUUAUCGACUGGUGACAUUUGUCGUGAAUAUCUGCCCGAAACCUUUAAGAGCCUUUUUUGUCUCUAAGGCAGAAACCGAUCCAAUCUAUCGCUAUACUGACGUAAAAGACUAUCUACAUAUUCGGCAACCUGACAUUCGAAAUAUACGGCAAAUCAGACAAGAUCAACUUGAUCUCAUCUAUCCACCUUUUGGGUCUGUUGAUAUAAAAAAUUGGGACGUUACUCUGCUGAUACUCUUGCUUAAGGAAUUAUUUCCAAAACGAUUACAACCAAAUGAAAGAGACUGCCUCCGUGAUAUUACUGAGAUCAGAAACUAUUUACAACAUAUUGCAAGCACUGAACUUGUAACUGACCAACAAUUCAACACAGCAUGGUGCUGCCUGAGAGAUGCUGUUGUGAUGUUAACGAAGCUGUCCGGGUCAAAGACAUUAGUCGACAUAGAUGACCAGAUUAAAUCGGUAUUACAUGGUAACAUGCCAUCUCUUGCAAAUGUGCUGAAUACAUGGCUCAAGUCUCUUCACUGUGAACUUUUGUUACAAAACUCGAAACUUACCGAGGAAAUGAAAAAUCUAAAAGAACUACUCCAGUUGCAGCAUACAGAAGUAAUAGCUGCAAAAGAAAACGCUGGAGAAGCAAAAAAGAUUUUAACAAAGGCAGCUGUAAAAAAGAAGGGACGCUCAGGUGUUGCUGAAAAAAGAAUGAAAAUUGUUGAUAAGAAAAUCGAUCGAAUGAAAGGUAAACUCGGGAGAGCACUGUUAGAAGAAAACGACUGCAAAGAAAAUUUCAAGCACGCAAUUUCUGAGAUUUUAGAACAGCUUACCGAUAAUCAUCGUGUGAUUGUGACCGGGUUUGACAACAAACUAACAUAUAAAUGUGCACUUGCCGCCGUACAGGAAAGAAAGUACGACCGAAUUGAUCAAUGUUUAGAAAUAAACAACCCUUCAGACUGGAAAAGAAUUUGCUCUGAAGAUGCCCAGUUUGUCCUGUUUCGGGAACCGUUUGGGGUAUCAACUUAUGAUUCUCAAAAAGUUGAAGUGAUGUGUGAAGAAUUUGACAAUAUGAUACAAGCAACUGAUGACGAUAAUGAUGAUGUCAUUGAUAUUGUCAUAGUAACCAACCAAAGGCUCCUGAAUGAGGUGACUAGACGUAAUGAACAUGAGAUGCUAUCACCAUCUUCGACCGUAUACAUAGAUUCUACAACGGAGAAAUCAACAGACGAGAGUAUUACAGCAGACGACGCUGUCCACAGAAACCUUCUUGAAAUGUCAAGGAUGUUCAAGAAGGGAUAUAAAAUAAAAGAAGUCAACAGUGAAACGAAAGAUAAGGCAGAAAGUCUCUUCUUAAAGCAUAGUAUGGUGGUCAUUGUUGGACCAACUGGAAGUGGUAAAAUGAGCCUUGUAUUUGAGUUGUUGUCCUCGUACGACCUCAGCAAUGGAGAAGAUAAUUUUCUCGUUAUCUCUGACCCAGGCGAGUUGAAGUAUAUCAAGUUCUCGUUACAUCCGGUUAUCAUCAUCAAAAUUUAUGAACAAGCGAGUAAGUGGUACAGUCAGUUUGACAGACUGUAUGCAGCGGUAAAGGCACGCCAGAUAGCCGUUAUCACAACUAUAGGGUUGAAGACGUUUCAAAUGAUGCCGGCAAAUAUGCUGUCACAUCCAGUCUUAGAGCAUGUUGUGCGCAUGCCAGGAAGUGAAGGUUUGAAUGAAGGUAGAAUUGAUUGUGGUGUACAGACUGAUGCCACAAGUUCAAAGGUAUUACAUGAAGGAAAUACCGCACGUGAUGACACAAAUGUUGAUGAGCAGAGAUUAAGGCGUGUAAUAAGUGUUCGGAACUAUAAGAUUGAACACGAUACACUCAAGAAUGAUUUUCAUAUUAACGAUGUAUCAGUUUUACCUACAGGAGAUAUUUUAUUACUUGCCUCGAACAAGAGUAAGCUUAUAAAAGUGAACAAACAAUAUAAUGUUAUCAGUACCUUAUCAAUAAAUACUGGCCACUACCUAUACAAUGUGUGUCACAUUGGUAAUAAUAUUGCUAUAGUACCAGAUGAUUACACGCUGUACUUUGUUGAUGUAACAGGAGAUAUGUCAUUGAUCAGAUCAGUCAGCACAAGCCAUACAUGUAUUUCAUUUACCUGUCAUAGUGACACACUAUAUGUUGCAGACUUUAAUUCCGUACAGGUUUAUUUAGCUGAUGGUGAAUAUAUAAAACAGCUUUACACAACAGAAGACAAUGGGUACAUGUAUGAAUAUACUGACAUCGCAGUGAGUAAUGACGGUAGUAUGAUAUAUAUCUUGAACGAUAAAAAUCAGCUGACUACUAUUGAUAGCUCCGGUAACCAUUUAUUCACGAUAGAUAUACCUGAUAUGGGACAAUGUUAUUAUUUUCUAAAUAGGAUAUGUGUAGAUGAUCAAGGUUUCAUAUUCGUAUUAGGUGUAAAUAGCGUAAAUGUAGAUGAAGAUGAAGAAGAAACGCCGACUUUACUACAGAUAAGUCCUGACGGCCAAAAAUGUUAUGGGGCGUUGUUCAAUGUUGAAGAUACUAAUAAUCGUUCGAUACGGUUUGACAGUAAUAAAUGUGCAUUAGUCUUAUCAGAAAUGUCAAACAAUAUUAAAGUUUUAAAGCUCCGUUAAUACUUCAUGCAAACUUUGAAAAAUAUAUGUAUCCAAAAUGAUUUACAUGUUGAAACUUUUCCCUGGAUACAAGAUUUUUAACACUUAUUAUCUUCUCGCUUCUUUGCUUCACAAAAGUUCACUUGUACCUACCACCACUUACCACAUACAUUUUCUGAUAUUUUAUACCAGUUCCAGUAUGUUUGUCUGCUAUUUACUGACAACUUCUCCACUUAAACAUAGAAACCAGUAAUAAUUACAUUUGUUUAAGUGUGUUAAAACAUGUCUUUACACAGUAACACGAGACACAUUAAAUACUUGAAUUUUAAUAUUCUAAGGACCUAAUCAGCAUAAUUAUACUUAUAUAUAAAAAUAGUAUGGAAAUCCCCUUUCGUUGUUUUCACAUUGUGACAAUAUGUGAAACAAUAAGACUUUCGUGCAAAACAAGAUUCUUAACUGGCAUGUUGUAUUCGUUUUACUACAGUAACUCCUAUACUAGCUAUAACAAUUUACUAGCAGAAAUAUGUUAUCAAGUCAUUAAUCAUUACACAUUAUUUAAACUUAUCUUUAUUUUAACUAAGUUAUUACAUGCGUUAUCUUUCACACUACUUGUUUUAAAAUUAAUUAUAAAUAAACAUCUGGUGUCAUAAUCAUGUAAUGUCGUUCGCCAGAUAUUUUCUAAGGCACUAAUAUUUAAAAGUUUAAGAAAAUCUGAUAGAAAUAUAUUUUGCGACUUGAAGAUUUGAUGACACCAUCAAAGAAAAUGUUUCACGGUAUCCGGGAAAAAAAAGCAAAAAUGAGUGAAAAAAUUGUUUAUGCUUGACAUGUCAGCUCACAUAACACUGCACUCGCGCAUAUCAGUUAUUAUCUUUUUAUUCGUAGCUACGUCACUCAUGAACGCAUCCCCGUCGGAAAAUUGAAAAAAAAAUACAUCAAUAAUUGUUAAACGUUACCCAUGAACAUAUUACAGACAGUAUUUCUCUAAAAUAACCUGAAUUAUUACGCAAAACGUUUGUUUUAUUUCACUUACACAUAUGUACCGUAAACUUUACCACCCUAAAAAUGUACGUGUUUUAUAAAGUGAAAAUAUCACACACAUGUUUUAAUUGAGUGCAAGUAUGAUCCAGGUAUUUUUAUUAAAUGCAUGAAUCAAACAUCUGAUACUGAGUGCAAAUAUCACACAUGUUUUUAUUGAGUGCAAGAAUCACGCGUGUUUCAUUGAGAGCAAGUAUUACACGUGAUUUUAUUGAGUGCAAGUAUCAUACAGAUAUUUAUUGAAUGCAUGUAUCAAACAUCUGAUACUGAGUGCAAGUAUCACACAUGUUUUUAUUGAGUGCAAGAAUCAUGCUUGUUUCAUUGAGAGCAUGUAUUACACGUGUUUUUAUUCAGUGCAAGUAUCACACAUGUUUUUAUUGAGUGCAAGAAUCACGCGUGCUUUAUUGAGAGCAAGUAUUACACGUGUUUUUAUUAAGUGCAAGUAUCACAAGUGUCUCAUUGAGAGCAAGUAUUUCACGUGAUUUAUUGAGUGCAAAUAUCACACAUGCUUUUCUCAAGUGCAAGAAUGACGCGUAUUUCAUUGAGAGCAAGUUUCAUACGUGAUUUUAUUGAGUGCAAGUAUCACACAUGUAUUUACUGAAUUCAUGUAUCACACAUGUUUUAUUGAUUGCAAGAAUCACGCGUGUUUCAUUGAGAGCAAGUAUUAUACGUCGUUUUAUUGAUGGCAUAAAUUACACAUAAUAAGUUGUAAUGAGUGCAAGUAUCAUAUAUGUAUUUAUUGAGUGCAAGAAUCAUACAUUUUUUUUUAUUGAGAGCAAGUUUCAGCCAUCAUUUUAUUGAGUGCAAUAUUCAUAGAUGUUUUAUUUGCAAGUAUCAUACAUGCUUUUAUUGAGAGCAAGUUUCAGCCAUCAAUUUAUCGAGUGCAAGCAUCACACAUAUUUUUACUCUCCUUGUUUAUGCAUUUGGUAGGCGGGAUGUAGCAAUAUUGUAUCCCACAAACUGAAGUGUUUUUUUAUGCUUCAGUAACACAUUGACAAUAAGUUGUCAUUGCAAAUAUUAAAAAAAAUAUUAUAUUAUAUUGAUUUGUAUUAUAUUAUAUUGAUAUUGUAUUGUAUUGUAAAACAAUGUUACUGUAAACAGAGAAUUUUGUAAACAUAGCUCGUACAAGUAUUAGUUAAGUUGCGUAAAAUAAAGUUUUGAGAAGUA